AUGGACGACAACGCGAGCAGCGUCGCGUGGCGGCGUGGGAACGCGGGGUGCCAGACGCUGUCGCAAUUGGACGAUGGAAUUGUGAAUGGUACUCUCGACUUUGGGCUGGCGCGGUCGUUCUACAACGGCUUUGAGAUGUGGUGGCUGGCUGGCAUGCCCAUCACGCUCGUGGUCGUGCUGACGGUACUGAGCUUUUCGCUGGCGUCAGGCGUGAAUCGACUCGGCAAGUCGGUGCAUUGGAAAGGAUUUCCAGCUGUUGCAGUGAAGAGGAUGGUGGGGUGGUUAUGUGAACUUGAGCAAGUGGGUGAAGCUGUCCAAGUGGAGGAGAGGAGCUCCGAGGAUGCGGAUGCUGGGCUGAGGAUGUCGAUGACGGUUCCUGGCCAUAUUGCAGUGAUUAUGGACGGGAACCGACGGUAUGGAAAGAACAAGUAUGGAGAGGGGGUGAGAGGACACGCGGAUGGCAGCAAGACGCUCGUGCAGUUUACUGAUUGGUGUAUGGACGCGGGUAUGAAGAUGCUGACGGUGUUUGCGUUCUCGACAGAAAAUUGGAAUCGCGAGAAAGCAGAAGUCGACGCGCUGAUGCAGCUGUUUAACCAGUUUAUGCAUAAGAUUGUGCCGGAAGCGCUGAAGCGGGGUGUCCGCGUACGUGUGCUGGUAUCAGACGGACGGAAUCUGCCGAGCUACAUUGUUAAAGUUGCUGAGAUGAUCGAGACUGAGACGCGGCACUGCACCAAGUUCAGUCUCAACCUCUGCGUCAGCUACGGUGCGCGUGAUGAGAUUGUAGGUGCCUGCAAAAAGAUUGCGAUUGAAGUGGUUAAUGGUGAGACGUCCGUCGAUGACAUAACCGAGCAUCUGCUCAGUCAACACAUGCUCACAGCCGGUUUGCCGGACCCGGAUGUUCUUAUACGCACGUCAGGGGAGCUGCGCAUCAGCAACUUUCUGCUGUUCCAAAUCGCAUACUCCGAGCUGAUCUUCAUCAACAAAUUGUGGCCGGAGGUCACACAAGACGACGUGCGAGGCAUCGUUCUCGAGUUCAAUCGCCGCAAGCGCCGCUUUGGCAAGUAG